CCGUAUUGGAUGAUGCUGGGAUUGGAGUCGCGUCUCUGUGGAUAAUCUCAUCGAGCUAUUCUUCUGAUUACAUCGAUAUGAAGGCCCUAAUAGGGCUGCUGCUGUUGGUCUUUGGUCACGAUGUGUCCUCAGUGAUUCACUCUCUGCAGGUUUUCUCCACGGCGUCGUCUGGACUCUCAACCUUCCCAGAGUUUGUGAUUGUUGAGAUGGUGGAUGAGGUUCAGGUUGACUACUAUGACAGCAACACCCAGAGAAUCGUACUCAAACAGGACUGGAUGGACCAGUUCUACAGCAAUGAACCAGGUGGAGACUCCCUGGAGAGGGAAACUGAAAAGAGAAAGGGUCACCAGCAGGUUGCCAAAGUCAACAUGGGGACUCUGAAGAAGCGCUUUAACCAGACAGGAGGUGCCCACAUUGUUCAGAGGAUGUCUGGUUGUGAGUGGGAUGAUGAGGAUGGUACUACUGAUGGUUAUCAGCAGUAUGGUUAUGAUGGAGAGGACUUCCUAUCGUUGGACCUGAAGACCCUGACCUGGGUUGCUCCAGUACACCAGGCUUUCCCCAGCAAACUGAGAUUGGAUCACAAAACAGCUUAUAAUCAAUUAUUGAAGAACUACCACACCAAGGAGUGUGUUGAUUGGCUGAAGAAGCUCCUGGCCUAUGGGAAGAGCACUCUGCAGAGAACAGAGCGUCCGCGGGUGUCUCUGCUCCAGAGGAGCCCCUCCUCCCCAGUGGUGUGCCAUGCUACAGGCUUCUUCCCUAACAGGGUGGUGGUGUUCUGGCGGAGAGACGGCCAGGAGCUCCAUGAGCAGGUGGACCCCGGGGAGGUCCUCCCCAACCACGACGGGACCUUCCAGGUCAGCGUGGACCUGGACCUCACGGCCGUCCCCCAGGAGGACUGGGGGAGGUACGAGUGUGUGGUCCAGCUGAAAGGCAUCGAGGACAUCUCCACAACCCUGGACCCCGCCCACAUCAGGACCAACGGGGAGGGCAGUCACAUCCUUGCUUUCAUCCUCACUGCUCCCAUUGCUGUUCUUGCCGUUGUUGCUGCUGCUGUUGUUGGAGUCUUUCUGUACCAGAAGAGGAACAAUUCAGACAGGCGUCACAAACCAGUUGGUUCUGACACCAGCUCUGAGAACACUGAGGGGCAGAAGCUGGCUGCUGAGGCCCAACCUCUGACCACAGUUCAAAGUUAAAUCAAGAAGAGGCUUCUCACGUUCACCUUCAGACACGUGCCGUCCAUAUGGGCAGGUGGGGCAGCGAACUACUUUCAAAAGCAUCCUCCCAAAAAAAUAGUUCCCAUUAAAUCAUGGCUCCAAGUCUAUGUUUAAUAAUGUGAAUUUCACACAAAUUAUCUAUAGUUUCUGUAGGCUUUCCGACUAUUUUUGGUCUGUUGACGUUACAUUUUGGAUGAUGGUGGCGAUUCUAGUUAAGUUUGACGUGUCAUGCAAUGUGGGGAAGGAUUGCUCAGCGACUGCGUUCCUCCGUAUGUUUAUAGCAUAACCCUGCAGGCGGCAAUUAGUACUGCAAUCCGCGCUAAAAGACGCCUUUAGGGGCGUAAAGUGGUCUGCCCCACGGUCAUAUUCUAGAACUGUUGUUUUAACUCAAAUUAUUCCGCCCGUAUCUUUCGUCGUUUCUAUUUCAGAUGCGAGUGGUGUUGCACCUGGGAUUAACAGUGUUGAGUUUAUGCUAAAAAAUAAUAACCUUUGAGAGGUUAAAAUUGGAAGACCCUAUCCAAAAAACGAAGGAUAGGGGGAAAACUUACAAAAUAACUUUCUCCCGAGCAUGGUAUGAAAAAAAUGUGCAUUUGCACAAAGAGAAACGCUGUGUUUUGUUUCCCAUGUCCACUUUUUCGAGCAAGUGUGUGAACAUGACAAGGGGAUAUAUGGACCACGAAUGUAUGUAUAUAUGUAUAUAAUAUAUACAUAUUACAAAAACAAAUUGUGGUUCUGGUCAUACGCCAGUAGUUUCUGCCUCACAGAAAUUUAGGGUCACCGCACGAUACUGUUCGGCUUCCUAAACCAGGAUGGAGUGCACUCAAGGUGAAAUGUAACGUAAAUUGCUCCCAGGUGAAUCGUGACGUUCUCUAAUGAAGGGAAAUGUAUGACGCAUUACAUCAACCAACGAUCAACCAGUUUACUGAAAUAGGUCAAAGGACUGCACUGUAAUUCCUACAGCACUGCAUGCACAGUUUACCAUAAGGAGAUUGUCCUAUGUUCACAUUUCUAAUUUUGUGUUUUUCUUUGUGCUAUGCAGUGCUGUCUUUUCGUUUCUGUAUCGCAAGGACAUGGUCUGUCAACAAACUACAGUACAAACAGUAAAAGCGUAAAUGUGAA